CAGCAGAUCACCGAUCAUGGAAAGAGCCGAAGAUGUCGGCUAGGUCAUGUGAUCAGCUGUGUCCAAUCACAGCUGAUCACUGUACACUGAUCAUCAGGGCACUGAUGAUCAGUGUAGCCACAGCAGUGCCACCUGUCUAAGUCCAUCAGUGCUAGCUGUCAGUGUCGAUCAGUGCCAUGUGCCAGUGCCACAUCAAUGCCACAUAUCAGUGCAUACCAGUGCACAUCAAUACCACAUAUCAGUGCCCAUCUGAGCUGCCUUUCAGUUGCAUUCGUCAGUGCCACCUAAUCAGUGCAACCUAUCAGUGCCAGUCAGUGCUGCUUAUCAGUGUGCAUCAGUGCCAGUCAGUGCCACCUAACAGU